CCGUUUGCAUAUUUGACCAUACCAGCGGGGCCGGAACAAGUGGAACCUGAAGAUCUGAGCAGACAGUCAUCACCAGGCAACAGAGAGCGUGAGGUAAGAGGACUUUCGAUGAGAUGUGGAGCGUUGGAUUACUGGCCUUCAGCACCAUGGGUUGAAAUGAAUCAGCUCAGAAUGUUAAAUUGGCAGCCAAGCGAAUCUAUUGCGCGAUAUUUGGCUGGAACGGAGGAAACUGAAUCAACAAACAGUCGUGCCCAGUUCGCCCAUGCAGCAACAAACGACGGAGAGCGCGGCCAGGCAUUAUGGUACCCUUCACAGCAUGUCAGCCAAAUGUCCUCACCUUCUCAUCCGCAAUUCGACGAGGGGUUUCGGCUUGCUGCGCAGCACAGCGGUCAAGAAUCCAGGCUUCGUCUGUCGCACAGCGACCAAAUACCCAUGCCAUUUAUGCAACACGGUGGUCAAGCAAUCCAGUCUUCUGAGGAUGUCCCUGCACAUAUAAGGCAACCAAAGAAAUGUUGUUGUUGCGACGUGGUUUUCGAACAAAGCUAUGUGACAGUAUCAGAUGGCGCUUCCAGUGCUCAGUUUGUCGUAGGUGCUUCAUGA